CUUGCUCGAACUCGCGCCCUGAAUUUCGGCAUUUCCGCCCACAUGGGGAGCUACAGUGUGUGGGCCCGGCUUGAGUUCGAAGUGCGGGAGCGACACCUGGGUGCGGAGUGGUGGGGCCGGCACCUGCUGGAGAGCACCUGCGCGGAGCAGCUGGGGAGCCAGAGGUGAUGGAACCAGCCCUGGAAGGCACAGGUGAGGGGGGGAAGAAAGCAUCUUCAAGGAAGCGAACAGUGACUAGGUCUCCAGCGGAGGGCCUGCUGCAGCCAGUCAAGCUCAGCAGGGCAGAACUGUACAAGGAGCCUACCAAUGAGGAGCUGAAUCGCCUUCGGGAGACUGAGAUCCUGUUCCACUCCAGCUUGCUCCGUUUACAGGUAGAGGAGCUACUAAAGGAAGUAAGGCUGUCAGAGAAGAAGAAGGAUCGGAUUGAUACCUUCCUCCGGGACGUUAACCAGCGGGUCAUGAGGGUUCCCUCAAUCCCUGAGGCAGAGCUCACUGACCAGGCAUGGCUCCCAGCUGGGGUUCGAGUGCCCCUUCAUCAAGUACCCUAUACCGUGAAAGGCUGUUUCCGCUUCCUGCCUCCAGCCCAGGUCACUGUUGUGGGCAGCUACCUUUUGGGCACCUGCAUCCGGCCAGACAUCAAUGUGGAUGUGGCACUGACCAUGCCCAGGGAAAUCCUACAGGACAAGGAUGGGCUGAACCAGCGCUACUUCCGCAAGCGUGCUCUCUACCUGGCUCACUUGGCUCACCACCUGGCUCAAGAUCCCCUCUUUGGCAGUGUCCGCUUCUCCUACUCCAAUGGCUGCCACCUGAAACCCUUGCUGUUGCUGCGGCCAAAUGGGAAGGACAAGAGUUUGGUCACCGUACGUCUGCAUCCCUGCCCUCCCCCUGACUUCUUCCGCCCAUGCCGCUUGCUGCCAACCAAGAACAAUGUGCGCUCUGCCUGGUACCGAGGGCGAAGUUCUCCAGGGAAUGGUAGUCCAGAGCCCCCUACCCCCCACUACAACACAUGGGUCCUGCAGGAUAUAGCUCUUGAGUCCCAUUUGCAGCUCCUGUCAACCAUGCUCGGUUCAGCCCCAGGGCUGAAGGAUGGUGUGGCACUUCUGAAGGUCUGGCUGCGGCAGCGGGAGCUGGAUAAGGGUCUGGGUGGGUUUACUGGGUUCCAUGUCUCCAUGCUGGUUGCCUUCCUCGUGUCCACACGCAAAAUCCACACCACCAUGAGCGGCUACCAGGUCCUGAGAAGCAUCUUGCAGUUUCUGGCCACCACGGAUCUGACAGUCAACGGGAUCAGUUUAUGUCUCAGUUCUGAUCCCUCCUUGCCGGCCCUGGCCGACUUCCACCAGGCCUUCCCUGUUGUCUUCCUGGACUCCUCGGGCCGUCUCAACCUCUGUGCUGAUGUCACUGCCUCCACUUACCACCAGGUGCAGCAUGAGGCACGGCUGUCUAUGGCGCUGCUGGACAGCAAAGCUGACGAUGGGUUCCAGCUGCUGUUGAUGACUCCGAAACCCAUGAUCCGGGCUUUUGACCACGUCCUGCAUCUCCGUCCAUUGAGUCGCCUGCAGGCAGCGUGUCACCAGCUGAAGCUCUGGGCAGAGCUGCAAGACAAUGGUGGGGAUUAUGUCUCAGCUGCUUUGGGCCCACUGACCACCCUCCUGGAGCAGGGCCUCGGGGCCCGGCUGCACCUGCUGGCCCACUCUCGGCCUCCGGUCCCAGAGUGGGACAUCAGCCAAGAUCCACCAAAGCACAAAGACUGUGGGACCCUGAGCCUGGGAUUUCUCCUCCGGCCUGAGGGACUGACCGGUGUCCUUGAGCUGGGUCCAGAGGCCGACCAGCCCGAGGCCGCUGACUUCCGCCACUUCUGGGGAUCCCGCUCAGAGCUUCGGCGUUUCCAGGACGGAGCCAUUCGGGAAGCUGUGGUCUGGGAGGCAGCCUCUAUGUCCCAGAAGCGCCUUAUUCCCCACCAGGUGGUCACCCACCUCUUGGCACUACAUGCUGACAUCCCAGAAACCUGUGUCCACUAUGUGGGGGGCCUCGUGGAUGUCCUGAUACAAGGCCUGAAAGAGACCUCCAGCACAGGUGAGGAGGCCCUGGCAGUGGCAGUGCGUUGCUAUGAUGACCUCAGCCACCUGCUGUGGGGGCUGGAGGGUCUCCCGCUGACUGUGUCUGCUGUUCAGGGGGCUCACCCAGUGCUGCGCUACACAGAGGUGUUCCCGCCAACCCCGGUCCGACCAGCCUACUCCUUCUAUGAGCACCUGCGAGAGCGAGCCUCACUGUUGCCCCGGCUCAGUAAGCCCUGCCCGGCCUACGUGGAGCCCAUGACUGUGGUCUGUCACCUGGAGGGCAGCGGUCAGUGGCCACAGGAUGCUGAGGCCGUGCGGCGGGUCCGAGCCGCCUUCCAGCUGCGCCUGGCAGAGCUGCUGUCGCAACAGCAUGGGCUGCAGUGCCGUGCCACCACCACGCACACUGACGUCCUCAAGGAUGGAUUUGUGUUCCGGGUUCGUGUGGCCUAUCAGCGGGAGCCCCAGAUCCUGAGGGAGAUGCGGAGCCCCGAGGGGAUGAUCUCACUGAGAGACACACCUGCCUCCCUCCGCCUUGAAAGAGAUACAAGGCAGUUGCCCCUACUCACCAGUUCCCUGCAUGGACUUCAACAACAGCACCCAGCCUUCUCGGGUGUGGCUCGGCUGGCCAAGCGGUGGGUGCGUGCCCAGCUUCUGGGUGAGGGGUUCACCGACGAGAGCCUGGACCUGGUGGCUGCUGCCCUUUUCCUGCACCCUGAGCCCUUCACCCCUCCCAGCUCCCCCCAGGUUGGCUUUCUUCGGUUCCUUUUCCUGGUAUCAACCUUUGAUUGGAAGAACAACCCCCUCAUUGUCAACCUCAACAAUGAGCUCACUGUGGAGGAACAGGUGGAGAUACGCAGUGGCUUCCUGGCAGCUCGGACACAACUCCCCGUCAUGGUCAUCAUUACUCCUCAGGACCGCAAAAACUCUGUGUGGACACAGGAUGGACCCUCAGCCCAGAUCCUACAGCAACUUGUGGUCCUGGCAGCCGAAGCCCUGCCUGUCCUAGAGAAGCAGCUAAUGGAUCCCCAGGGGCCUGGGGAUAUCAGGACAGUGUUCCGGCCACCCUUGGACAUGUACGAUGUGCUGAUCCACCUGUCUCCCCGCCAUAUCCCCCGGCACCGCCAGGCUGUGGACUGGCCACCUGCCUCCUUUUGCCGUGGCCUGCUCAAUGAGCCAGGGCCCUCGUCGCUAAUGCCUGUGCUGGGCUACGAUCCUCCUCAGCUCUACCUGGCACAGCUCAGGGAGGCCUUUGGGGAUCUGGCCCUUUUCUUCUACGACCAGCACGGCGGAGAGGUGAUUGGCGUCCUCUGGAAGCCCACCAGCUUCCAGCCUCAGUCCUUCAAGGCCUCCAGUGCAAAGGGACGCAUGGUAGUGUCCAAAGGCAGGGAGCUGGUGAUGGUGCCCAAUGUAGAAGCAAUCCUGGAGGACUUUGCCGUGCUGGGUGAAGGCCUGGUGCAGGCUGUGGAACCCCGAAGUGAGAGGUGGACUGUGUGAUCCCAGCCCCGGAGCAAGCUGUAGAUGGACAGGAGGACUUUUGACCUCGGGAGCAAGACAUCAGUGGGAUGAUCUCCAUCCUCAUUGCAUAUGGACCCUCCAUGGAGAGCCUGCUGGCUGAAAACACGGAAUUGUCCCUAACAAAAGCCCUGCCCCAGUUUUCUGUCUGAUGCUCUAGCACUGGGGCAAGGACAUGGUGUGUUGUAGAGUCUCCUGGGCCUGUCUGAAUUCCCAGAAGAGGAGUGGGAGCCAGUGCAGAGAACCGAAUCCAGGAGAUCCAUCCGUCUUUCUUCCCUGGGCCUGGACGUUUGGGAGUUUUUUCCCCUGUUAGGCUUCUCCCAGAAGCAGUUGGAGAAGGGGGCAUGUGUCUGAGGUGGAAGUUCUGUCCCCUUCCACUGCCAGGAUGUGUGCCUAGGUCUCAGUGUGCCCUUCACUGCAGCAUCAGCCCUUUGGAUGGGAACCAGCAAAGGUGUGGCACUUCCUGAGGGUCACAGCACCGGCACUGAGCAGUGGAAAGGGGCUGUGUGUAUGAAUACACCACACUGAAGGAGCACAAUGCCCUCCUCUGUUGGUGCUAUUUCCCAGGGUGGAGAUAGUGGAAAAGGACAGAGCACAGGAAGGGGCUGGAUGGGUGAAGGGGUCAGAGGGGCUGGUGGUCCCCCAGUCCAGGACAGAUGCAAAAAGCACUUCGUGCAGUCCCCUGGCCUCUCUGAGUCCCACCAGCUCUGUGCAUUUGCCCUGGCUGCCCAUUUGUGCCACAAACUACCACCUCUGCACCCCUGCAGGGUUGCAGAGCUGAGCAAGACCCAAGUCCAGCUCUCCAGGAGCUCCCAGGGCCCCAGGGUGGGGGCGGGGGAUGCUGCCUCCUUUCGGUUUGGUCCACGCCCCCUUCCUGGCAGCCUCUGCCGAAUCUCUGCCUCCCCUAAUCCUGGCUGUUUUUCCAGACUCAGCUCAAAUCGUGCCCCUCCUUAAGCCUAUCCCUCGCCCCCAGCCUGAGGUGCUCUUUCCCUCCUCUGAACUAUUAAAGCAAUUACUGCCUGUUCAGUUCACUUGGCAGGCACACACGGUGGUGUGAAUUCUUCUAUUGUCUUGAACUCUGAUUUAAAUUGUUUAAUUCCCCCCAUGUUCUUGGCUUGUCCCUUUCUACUGGUUUUGACCUGGUCUGUAUGUAAGCUUCUUGAGGGCAGGGAGUAUGUUUGAACAUAGAUUGUUUGGUGUCCUUCAUGGCACCUGGUAUGUUGCUGUGCUCAAGGGGCACCCAGCCCAGGGAGAUGGAGGGCAGGGAAGGCCACCAGAAGACUGAGGAAAGCCGAAUCAGAGUUUGUGAACUCUGCCUAGAACAGGUAGGUGGUGACAGUGAAAGAAAGCCUAGGAGAUAAUAGGUGUCACGUGUUGUUUUCCAUAUCUUAUGUAUGGAAAUUGGAUCUUAGCCCUAUGGAGUGGGUACUUUUAUUAGUUGCCUUCAUUUUCUGAAUGAGGGAACAGGCUCGGUGGAGGGGCCUCCUGUGGAGGGUCUUUGAUGCCUGGCUAGCAAGCCCCAUCCUUAAGAUGAUGAGAAACCAUGUGUGGGAACUGUCAUCUCCAAUUUUGUCUCAGCUCUUGGUCUUUGUGAAUCUCUGCCUGUCCCUGCUGUCUCUCAUGGGACAGCUCAGCCCAGGGCUGAAAUUAAAACAGGGAAUAAAUUGGUUAGCUGUGUGA